ACCAGCCGACGCCAUGACGGCCGUCGAAUCACAUACGGCGCAGAGCCCGUUCCUCGACACGCCCGCGGACCCACCGACGUUGCGAUUCACCGCUGUCAACAACCGCGAGGCACUGCCAUCCGCGGCGCCGACGAACAAUGGCAACGGCUCGUCGCGGAGAGCUUCCGAGGAUCGUCCUGAGCCACUGGCCCGCACCACUUCGCCAGUUCCCGAGAAGCUGACCAUCACCACGACAAGUACGCAGAGAGACAAUUGGGCCGACACGGUCAAUGGCGACAAGGCUGCCGGCAGCCAGAGCGUCCCACCACCUCCCACCUUCCCGGAUGGCGAAUCCUCACAUAAGCGCAAGCGGUCUGGCUCUGUGGAACGCGACAGCGCCCAGCCGUCCAGCUCCAGCUCGUAUCACAAGCACAGUCUGCCAGCACUGAAGCCGAAUGAGCAGCGGAAGGGCUCGCCGAACAGCCCCUACCCCGACUCCGCGCAAUCGAGCAAGAGAGAUGCACAAUCGGCGACGCGUGAUCCCUAUGCCACACCCCAAACGCCGUAUCCGCACUACCCCGAGGGGAGCCGCGAGAACAGCGCCGCGUCGUGGUACUCGCAUCAGAUCGAUAACCGGACCCCUGUGGACGGAGGGCACUCUGCCGCUUCGCAGCACCACAUGAGCCCUGAUGAUCAGCUCCGGGAGGCGCUGCAGCGCGAGAACAACAGCGAUGGGCAGGGUAAUUACAGCGAGACCAGCCCGGCGCAGAACAACGAUCAUGGUGCGCCUUACCGAGGCGAGUAUGGGCAGGUGCAGGUGGACCACAAGAAGCGGAAGCGCAAUUUCAGCAACAGGACAAAGACCGGCUGCAUGACCUGCCGCAAGCGCAAGAAGAAGUGCGACGAGACGAGACCUGAGUGUAACAAUUGUAUGCGUGGUGGGUUUAUCUGCAACGGCUACCCGAGUCGUGGCAAUUGGCCCAAGACGGAGCAGAAGCAGGGACCCGUCCCUCUGCAGUCCAAGGACGGCUACGAUGCAAGCCCAAGCCAGUACCAGCCGCCGCCGUACCAGCAACAGCAGCAGCCCCAGCAACCCAAACGCGAGCCUCUCCCAUCGUAUCGCGGCCAGCAGCUACGUGUUGAUCCCCUGCAACCGCCCGCUCGGCCAGUUGGCGCGGACGAAGACCGGGGCGCCUCCACCAACCUCGGCGCCUCAGUCGGGAGCCCCGACAAGAGGCUCUCGGCCAUCUCGUACACGCAAGUUAAUACCUUUCCCACACCGCGCAUGCCUCCUCUACUGGACCAGAACCGCAGCGAGCAUGACACUGGGACUCCGCAAUCGGCACACUCGGUCCCGCACUUCAGCAUCCUCCACGCCUCGAAUACCAACAGCCCGCACCCGCACACGCCGCAGUCCACGGCCGCCCAGGACGCUGCGCGCCUCGCCCUCUCCCACCCGGCCUCCAACUCGCGCCGCACGCAGAAGGAGGAGAUGCUCGCGGGCAACAACUUCUUCCCCUUUGACCGCGAGCUCGUCCUCGAGCGCGAGCGCUGCAACGCCGCAUCGUGGCGCUUCAAUAACAGCACGAACCCUAAUAACGGGAACCUCCCCGAGGACCGCUCCCGUCUCUUCCGCGACAUCCUGCAGCCCAAGGAGCUGGCUAGCAUGCCGCCGCACCUGGCAUCGCCGGUGAAUCCGCAGGGGUACGUGGGCGAGCGCUGCGUCGUCGCGGCGCCGUUUACGUGCGAUUACGGGUAUAACAUCGUGAUUGGGCAGGACGUGAGUAUCGACCGCAACUGCACGAUCCUCGACUGCGCGUCGGUCAAGAUCGGGGACCGCUGUGUGAUUGGACCGAAUGUCAGUAUCAUCACCACGACGGUGCCGAUCGAUCCGAAGAAGCGGCUGGGCAGCAAGGGCCCGAAUCAGGGGAAGCCGAUUAUCAUUGAGGAGGAUUGCUUUAUUGGGGCGAAUGCUACGAUUUUGCCGGGGAUCACGGUUAAGAGGGGGAGUACGGUUGGGGCGUGCUCGGUUGUUACGAGGGAUGUACCACCCUUCACAGUCGUCAGCGGUAACCCAGCGAGGGUCAUGCGCGGCAUCUUUCAAGUCCACGACUAA